AUGGUAAUCGGUUUGGGUUUGUCCCUUCAUUCUCUCCCUCGCAGACGAUUUGGACCACGAGAUCCAAGUGGUAACGAUGGCAAUUUAGGCGCACCAAAAUCCAGCCCUGCAGCUUCUGUCUCUCCGCUACUCUUCUUCCCCGAGCCUGAGAACGCGGACGCGAACUCAAACGGGCCGCCAGCACUGGCAUCACCACCACCGCCCGCACCGCCAGCAGCUGAGACCAAGGGGAAAAAGGAGAGGAAGAAGAGCAUCAAGCGGAAGCCUUUACCUAAAGACAAAGACAAACACAAGGAUAAUGACAAGGACAAAAAGGCAAAUCAGGAAAAACCAGAAGCAGAGCACGAGGGAGAGAAUAAAGGUACAGUCGCUUUUAUAAACACACCAACACUGGUAGCUGAAGAUUUCUAUUCUGAAGAUGGCCACGGUUCGCCCAUGUCUGUGCCGAUGGCCAAUGCAGACGACGAGCCGAUUAUAGAGGACUUGUUUCACGAGAUCGAACGUGACUCGAGGCUGCUCAAAGCUGAGCAUGAUAAGGAGAACGAUAAGAGAGAUUAUAAGGAGGUUGACGCCGAGAAGGAAGAUGAGACACCUGCUAUUCCGGACACUAGCGCGAGCGAAGCUGAGACAAGCAAUACAAGCAAUACAGGUGGUGGCUCAGGCUCAGGCAAAAAGAAGAAGAAGAAGAAGGGUAAAGGUGGUGGUGCCGGUGGUGCUGGUGGUGGCGAGAAACCCGCGGACAAGCCAACAGACGAAGCAGCGCCUAAAUCAGAAGAAAAUGUAGAAGAUAAACCUACAGAAGACAAGCCAGCACAAGAUAAAUCACCCCUCCCACCAACGCCAGAUGCGCCGCCUGCACCACCCAAAGACGAGAUAGAAAUGAAAGACAAUGCUCCACCAACAGAGGCAGGAGAAUCGGCAGAACAAUCACUCCCAAUACCACCAGUAGAUAUAAAGAUAGAUGGACCAGCUGAAAUAAAGAUAGAUCCACCGAUAGACGGGCCAGCUGAAAUAAAGAUCGAACCGCCUGAAAGCGAUAAGCAAGGCCAAGAUAAUCCAGCCAUGAACCCACCAAAGGCGCCAACAACAGCAGUAAGCUCAUCCUUUGGUGACAUGGACUCAACAGCACCACCACUCUCAACACCACCGACAUCGCCUCCAGCGUCUCGUCCUGGGACACCACCGCCUGCAACUACGCCAAAUAUGCAAAAUAUGCCCCCUGCGCACAGUCAAUACGAUCCACAGACCAUGUUUGAAGACGGGAGACCAUCACUCCUAUCAGUCGCAUUUCACGCUAUUGCUUUCAACAAAGACAGUCUAGCUAUACCGCCCCAUCCUGGAAAUGAUGUGCUCAUGAACUCAACUAUUAAUAUGGUGGAUAGAGAUGUCGACCUCUUGCCACAGACUGAGAGAACUGGGUUUACAGGUGAGGUGUCUGAGAUGGCCAAACAGCUUAUUGCGGCUAGUAACGAGUUAAGGAAAGCGUGGCAUGGAUCUAUGUGA